AUGCCGGACAUCAAAGCAAAGGUUGGAACGACUACAACACACGACAAAAAGAUCGUGGGAGAGGCACUGGACAUAGAUGACGCUGCUCUACGCGCUCAGGGCAGGGAGGCAGAGCUUAAGCGGUCAUUUUCCUGGGUCGGGGCUUUAGGAUUGGCAUUCGGUAUCACAAACUCGUGGUUGGGAUACGCCUCCUGCUUUGGUCUGGCCCUCUCCUAUGGCGGAGGACAGACUGCUGUGUUUGGACUCAUCACCGCUGGGGUUGUGCAGUGGAUUGUGUUGCUGGGACUUGCGGAGUUGAGCUCUGCAUUAACCUCUUCCGGAGGACAAUACCACUUCACCUACAUACUUGCGCCCCAGCCAUUCAAGGACUUUGCAGCAUAUACGGUGGGCAUUAUCAACGUCAUCGCAUGGUGGGUGACAACCGCAUCAGGGACUUUCCUGACGGCUAUCUCGGCCUUUGGAAUAGCUAGAUUCUGGCACCCUGGAUUUGCCAGUGAGCAAUGGCAGAUAUACCUGUGCUAUGUGCUCGUAAUAAUUAUUAGCUUGAUUCCUAUAUUCACCAUUCCCCAUCGUCACAUCGACUACCUGACGAAGACAUGCAUGUACCUCUCUGUUGUUGGCUUCCUGAUGGUGUUGGCUAUCACACUCGUUAUGGGUAACGGCACAUAUCAUCCCAGCAAUCUUGUCGAGUAUCACGGAAGCAGUGGCUGGGGUGCUGGUCCGGCAUUGAUGAUGAGCAUUGGGAUUGGGGAAUAUGCCUUUGGCGCUGCUGGAGCUUGCACACACAUAGCGGAGGAGAUCCCUCGUCCGAGCCGUCGUGUGCCAUUGGUCAUAAACCUAACUAUGGUCGUGGGUAUGGUGACGGCUGUCCCAUGGAUUCUGGCCGCCGCCACGUUGAUUCAAGACAUGGAGUCUGUACAGAACUCGUUUCUCCCGAGCCUUGAGCUGUUCUACCAGGCCACCAAAAGCAAGUCCGCUGCGACCUUUAUGCAGGCGUAUAUGACGCUGCUGUACUAUUCCUGCAUCCCUAGUCAGUGGAUCACGUCGAGUCGCAUCGCCUGGGCCUUUUCGCGCGAUAAUGGGCUGCCAUUCUCGAGAUACUGGAACCAUAUACACCCACGCUACGAUAUACCUGUUCGCACGACACUCCUAUCAGCCGGAUUCUGUCUGCUCUAUGGCUUGCUGUACGUUGCCAGUUCGAGAGCAUUUAAUACCAUCAUAAAUACCGCUGUUAUCAUGUUGAACCUCACGUACACCGUGCCUCAGGGUAUUUUGGCAACUUGGGGUCGGCAUCGGCUACCACGUCGCCCGUUUGAUCUAGGCGCCUGGGGAUAUGCGGUGAAUGUGUUCUCAGUUCUGUGGCUUAUAGUCAGUGGAACAUUCUUCUGCUUCCCUGUUGCAUUGCCGACUACAGUGGGUUCAAUGAAUUAUAGCUCGGUGGUGCUGGUUGGAAUCUUUGUGCUCGUCCGACUUCUCUGGAUAGAGCGACGCAAGAAAUUUUCGGGUCCGGUGAUUGACUGGGAUAUGUUGAACGCGAGUAACUCUUGA